CGGGGUGGAGCUCGGGCUCCCCGCGGGCCCUCCCCCGCCGCCGCUCUCAGGAAGGCGGGACUGGAAAGCCUUUGUGGGCGCAGGCCUAGAGGGGGUACCCCUGGCCGCGCAAUCACCUUCAACGAAGAUGGCGCGGGGGCGGGACACGUGACUUCAGGCUCCACCCCGGCCCUGCCUCCCGCGCUCACGGCACCGGGCGCGGGGCUGCUGGCAGCUAGGGCCCCGCGGGAACCAUGCUCCGGGGGUUGGCGGGCGCCUGGGUCGUUCUCGGCCCGCUGCUCUGGGGCUGCGGGCUGGCGCUGCUGCAGGGCGGUAUGCUCUACCCCCGGGAGAGCCGGUCGCGGGAGCGCAAGGAGCUGGACGGCCUCUGGAGGUUCCGCGCCGACUUCUCCCAGAACCGGCGCCAGGGCUUCGAGCAGCAGUGGUACCGGACGCCGCUGCGGGAGUCGGGCCCCAGCCUGGACAUGCCGGUUCCCUCCAGCUUCAACGACGUGGGCCAGGAUGGGCGGCUGCGGAGCUUCGUUGGCUGGGUGUGGUAUGAACGGGAGGCCGCCCUGCCCCAGCGAUGGGCUGAGGACCUAGGCACGAGGGUGGUGCUGAGGAUCGGCAGCGCCCACUACUACGCCAUCGUGUGGGUGAAUGGGGUCCAUGUGGCAGAGCAUGAGGGGGGCCAUCUCCCCUUCGAGGCUGACAUCAGCAAGCUGGUCCAGAGUGGGCCCCUGUCCUCCUGCCGCAUUACCGUCGCCAUCAACAACACGCUCUCCCCCCACACCCUGCCGCCAGGGACCAUCCUCUACAAGACGGACACCUCCAAGUACCCCGAGGGUUACUUUGUCCAGAACACAAACUUUGACUUCUUCAAUUACGCGGGACUGCAUCGGACUGUGCUCCUCUACACCACGCCUACCACCUACAUCGAUGACAUCACCGUCACCACCAACAUGGACCAAGACACUGGGCUGGUGAAUUACCAGAUCGUGGUCCAGGGCAGUGAGCACUUCCAGCUGGAAGUGUGUCUUCUGGAUGAGGAAGGCAGGGUCGUGGCCAAGGGGACAGGGGGCCGGGGCCAGCUGCGGGUGCCCAGCGCCCACCUCUGGUGGCCGUACCUGAUGCACGAGCACCCUGCUUACCUGUACUCGUUGGAGGUAAUGGUG